AUGCGCGCGUCGAAUCCCAUCACCGUCAAAGUCUUCGUCACAUCGCCCGAUACACGAUCAGAGAGGCGAUUUGAUCUACACAUAACUGUAGAGCAACUCAAGAACAAGCUCGAGUUGAUCACAGGAAUUCCUGUUCAGAACCAAUUGAUACAAGUAUUCAAUGGUGAAAAUGACUCAACACCAGUAGCUAUACUGGAGGACAAUAUCAAACCAAUCGGGUUCUACGGAUUACGCGACUGGCAAGUGUUGAAGGUCAUUGACCUCGAUCCUGCUACAUCGUUCACAGGACAAUUGAGUGACGUCUCGCAGGUCCAAAAGUUUGAGCUCAGCGAAGCUGAGUAUGCGCAACGGCAAGAUACUGUUCUCGCAUACAAGCAACGGCACAAAAUAGGCCGUUUCGCUGACAAUGAGCAGGACGAAACAGCGGGCUCCGCCCCGCAGCUGGAUAUCCCGCUGGGUUCUCGCUGUGAAGUCGAGACAAGCGAAGAGAACUUCCACAAGCGCGGCAUUGUGCGGUUCAUCGGACCUACAACAUUCGCAAAGGGAGGUGCAUGGGUAGGGAUUGAGUACGAUGAACCUAUAGGCAAGAACGACGGCUCGGUGCAAGGGGAACGAUACUUCACCUGCAAACCAAACUACGGCGUCUUUGUUCGACCCGAAAGGGUGAAGUUUGGUGACUUUCCCCCUGAGGAGAUUGAUUUUGAUGACGAAGAGAUGUAA